CCGCGUUCUUCACAUCCAAGUCAACAUCGAGUCCAUAAACUCCCCAAACACGCCAAAAUGAGCUUCAUGCAAUCCGAAGGGCCUCCUUCGAAGAAGCGACGGUUCUUCGACGAGCAAUCCGAUGUUCUUGAACCCUCCGUUGAUUCUCGCCUACCAAGAUCCAUACAUAAUGGAGAGGACGCAUCUGCGACACCAGACCCUUCCGAAAACCAGGAAUCGAGCGACAUGAAUGAUGUGCAAAUGACUGAUAGUGGUCCUUCUGCGGGCUUUGACCUGGAGCUAUUCGAAAGCUUUGUGGGAAAGAAAGUCAAGCCCGAUGUGUUGAAGCAAUUGAGGGUGGCGUCUGGGGAUGAUAUGGAAAAAGCUGUGAACAUGUUUUUUGAUGGAUCGUGGAAAACUGCUGCAAAAUCCCAAAAACCGACUAGCACGAGCUCAAAACCUUUGACCCUCAAUGGUUUCGCAAAACCCGGACCAAGCAGAGAGAAAGCCAUCACCCAAAGCCCCAAUACCAUCCCGGCCGAACCUUCCACGAGAGCAUCGAUGCCCGAGUUUCGAUAUGUCGGCGCAUUUGGAGUCGGAGGUUGGGCAACGAGAAGUGGCACAAAUUUGAUCAAACAUGGUGAAAUAGUGCGAAUUGAGCGACAAAAGAUACAACCAAAGCCUGUUGCUAAGGGCAGGGGAAGACCUCCAGCAGUAGCGGCACAACCAAAACCAGGAAGUGCUGCAGCAAGACGAGUAGAUGUGAUAGUCCGUUUCACUGAUUCCAGAGGCAGCGAGGUUGGAAGACUUCCCAAAGAAAUUGCAGAUUGGGUGUCCACGUUGAUAGACCAGAAUGUUUGCAAAUUUGAGGGUACAUGUGUAUAUGCUCCGGAAAGAGUCAGAAGUAACGAUACCAUCUUUCUCCAAUUGAGAUGCUCAUUACUGAAGACUGCAUUUGAAAAUGGUGCGUUCAAGGCAGCGGAGGACAGAAAAACAGGCAUGUUUGAGGAGAAGGAGAGUUCCGAGGAAAAACAAUUGCGGUUACGACAAGUUGCCCUGGUAAAGCUAUUUGAAGAAAUCAAUCUUCUUCCAUCGAGAUCCUCAGAAACAACCACAAAGCACAAGAGGAAGGGAUUGCUUGAAGCCGCGGAGGUUGCGGAACAGUAUGAAGACGCAAAGGCCAAAGAGAAUAAGGCGGCUGUGGUCGAAAAUGGCAGUUCCUCGCCUCCAUCGGAAGAGGCAGAAGAUGGUAAAGAGCUAGAGCAAGACCAGCUUGAUGCUCUUUAUAAAAAGGCUCAAUCUUUUGAUUUUGAUGCACCCGCUGCCGAGCCAGCUGAAACUUUUUCAAUGGACCUCAGACAUUAUCAAAAACAGGCACUGCGUUGGAUGAUGUCGAAGGAGAAGAACGAGAAGGAUGAGAACCGGGAAACAUCCAUGCAUCCUCUUUGGGAGGAGUACGUUUGGCCCGUUAUGGAUUACGACAACAAGGAGGUACCUAAGGUCGAAGGACAGGAUAAUUUCUAUGUCAAUCCGUAUAGUGGUGAGCUUUCACUCAUUUUCCCUGUGCAAGAACAACAUUGCCUCGGAGGUAUACUGGCAGACGAAAUGGGCCUCGGCAAAACAAUUGAAAUGAUGAGCUUGAUCCAUUCCCAUAAAUCGGAUGUUUGGCAAGGUUUAGGCGAAGGCAAUUCAAUUGCAAUGUCAGUAAAUAGACUCCCAAGGCUACCAGUCAAAUCUCCAAAUGUUGAGCGGGCACCUUGUACAACCUUGGUAGUAGCACCCAUGUCGUUGCUGGCGCAGUGGAAUAGUGAGGCCGAAAACGCAUCGAAAGAUGGUACUUUGAGGAGUAUGGUUUACUAUGGCGCGGAGAAGUCUGCGAAUUUGCAGGCUCUGUGUUGUGAAGCAAACGCAGCGUCUGCUCCCAAUGUCAUAAUAACGAGCUACGGCGUUAUCCUUUCCGAGUUUAAUCAAGUUGCUGCUAAGGGAGGAGAUAGAGCAGCACAUGGUGGUCUUUUCUCUUUGAAAUAUUUCCGGGUCAUUCUAGACGAAGGUAAUAUUGACAUUCUCCCUCCAUGCAAGAGCUCGAUGCUAACAAAAUUGCAGCUCAUCAUAUCAAGAACAGAACCAGCAAGACUGCCAAAGCUUGUUACGAGCUUGACGCCGAACAUCGUUGGGUACUGACUGGUACACCGAUCGUCAAUAGAUUGGAAGAUCUCUUCAGUCUGGUCAAAUUUCUGAAAGUGGAGCCUUGGAGCAAUUUCUCUUUCUGGAAAACAUUUAUUACAGUGCCAUUCGAGUCCAAAGACUUCAUGCGUGCUCUCGAUGUCGUUCAAACUGUGCUCGAGCCUUUGGUUUUACGGAGAACAAAAGACAUGAAAACACCAACUGGAGAAGCACUUGUACCACUUCCACCGAAGACUAUGAAAAUUAUCGAUAUUGAAUUGUCAAAACCAGAACGUGAGGUUUACGAUCAUAUCUUUACUCGUGCAAAGCGGACUUUGGCAGCAAACGUGGAGGCGGGAACUGUCAUGAAAGCAUAUACGAGUAUAUUCGCCCAAAUUCUUCGACUUCGGCAGUCGUGUUGUCACCCUAUUCUGACCCGGAAUCAAAAUAUUACUGCAGACGAGGAAGAUGCCGCAGAGCUCGCAGAUGCUGCUUCCGGCUUGUCAGAUGACAUGGAUCUUCAAUCCCUCAUUGCAAGGUUUGCAGCUGAGACUGAUGACUCGGAAGACUCAAAUGCAUUUGGUGCUCAUGUCUUAGAACAAAUUCGCGACGAAGCAGAAAAUGAGUGCCCCAUUUGCUCCGAAGAGGAAAUGGCAGAGCAGGCCGUCACAGGAUGCUGGCAUUCUGCUUGCAAAAAGUGCCUACUUGAUUACAUCAAACACCAAACAGACAAGCAAGAGAUUCCCCGAUGCUUCAGCUGCCGAGAAGUCCUCAAUACUCGCGAUAUCUUCGAGGUCGUAAGGGACGAAGGUCAUCCUGACUCCAAGAUCAGCCUUCAGCGAUUGGGCUCUAAUUCCUCUGCAAAGGUUGGAGAAUUGCUAAGCAAUCUCAAAGCAGUAAGAAAAGAGAAUCCGGGUGUGAAGUCUGUCGUUUUCAGUCAAUUCACAUCCUUCUUGUCCUUGAUCGAACCCGCACUCACUCGUGCCGCGAUUCCAUUCCUUCGUCUCGACGGUUCCAUGACCCAAAAGGCACGAGCGGAUGUCCUCAAAAAAUACGCUGCAAGCCCCAAGGGCAUUGUUCUACUCCUCAGUUUGAGAGCUGGUGGUGUCGGACUCAAUCUUACGAUGGCGAAACGUGUCUACAUGAUGGAUCCAUGGUGGAGUUUCGCAGUCGAAGCACAAGCUAUUGAUCGAGUCCAUCGGAUGGGGCAGGUUGAUGAGGUCAAGGUUUUCCGGUUCAUUGUCAAGGAGAGUAUUGAGGAGAAGAUGUUGAAGAUUCAAGACCGAAAGAAGUUUAUGUGAGUUCCAUGUUCAUUUACGUUCCUCUGAAACAUGUCAGCUGCUAACAGUUUGAAAUAGUGCAAGUUCUUUGGGAAUGAUGAGUGAUGAAGAGAAGAAGCUACAGAGGAUUGAGGAUAUCAAGGAGCUAUUAAGUUAAGAAUCUUUUGGCAGAUUGCCUGUUAAAUGCAGAUUGCCUCUGCAUAUUCGCACAUUUAUAUAUAUACUGUAUACCAGGGUUGUACUCACAGGGAGGAUUGUAAGUUCAAUGUUGCAUGAAUAGAAUUACUCGCUUAUUAAUCUCUUAAACUCUAUGAUACAGAUACAACUUCAUCCUCAUGUGAUUCACAAGUGCAUUUUAG